UUAAGUAACGGUUCUGUCCGUAUUAUAAGUUGACAUUUUCUGAAUAAAAAUAGUCCGUAAAUAGUUUGUUAUACACCAACACUUUGUUCUAUUUUAUUCGUGGAUUAGAGAACACUCCAUCCCAUCCAAAGGCAUAUUCAUUCGUACCUCUCUCUACAUUCUCACCGAUCCACAUUUUGUAACAUCCUAUUCCGAUGGGAAAACCGACUGGAAAGAAGAAGAACCCCGAUCCUCCCACGGAUUCUUCCGUCAACGGCGGCGGGGGAGGCGGAGGAGGAGGAGGUAACAAGUCAGCCAAAAGCUUCGACCGUUCUGCCUCCAAGGCGGCAGCCACCUUCGACGAAGACAUGGCGAUCUUCAUAAACCGAGCGUUAGAGCUAAAAGAAGAAGGAAACAAGCUCUUCCAGAAACGCGACAACGAAGGCGCAAUGCUAAGGUACGACAAAGCCGUCAAGCUUUUGCCUAGAGAUCACGCAGAGGUGGCUUACCUGAGAACGGGCAUGGCUUCUUGCUACAUGCAUAUGGGGCUGGGAGAGUACCCGAACGCGAUCAACGAGUGCAAUCUCGCCCUGGAGGCUUCUCCUCGGUACAGCAAAGCCCUGCUGAAACGCGCUCGGUGCUACGAGGCUUUGAAUAAGAUGGAUUUCGCUUUUAGAGAUUCGAGGAUCGUUCUGAACAUGGAGGCGGAGAAUGUUUCGGCUAAGGAGAUCUUCGAGAGGGUGAAGAAGGUGUUGGUUGGUAGAGGGGUUGAUGUGGCUGAAAUGGAGACGAGUUUUGUUGAUGUGCAGCCCGUUGGCGCCGCGCGGUUAAGGAAGAUUGUUAAGGAGAGGCUGAGGAAGAUGAAGAAGAAAAAUAAUAAUAAUAAUAAUAAAAAGAAUAGUAAUGCUGAGGAGAAGAAGAGUAAUGAAGGCGGCGUGGUUGUUGAGAAUGCAGAUGUUGAAGAUGGAGAGGAAGCGGAUAGCGGGAAGAGAGGAGAUAAGAAUCUUGAGGAUAAAGUUGUGGUUGAGGAGAAGAAAGUGAGUCAUGUGAUGGACAAAGAGGUAGUCAUUGCUUCCGACGCGACGGUUACCAGGACGGUGAAGUUGGUACACGGAGACGAUAUAAGGUGGGCGCAGUUGCCGUUGGAUUCCAGCGUUAGACUUGUGAGAGAUAUAAUCAGAGAUAGGUUUCCUUCUCUGAAGGGCUUCCUUAUCAAAUACAGAGACUCUGAGGGUGAUUUGGUUACCAUCACCACGACGGAUGAGCUGAGAGUGGCUGCGUCGACGAGGGAGAAACUUGGCUCCUUUAGAUUGUAUGUCACUGAAGUCAGCCCCAAUCAAGAACCUGUAUACGACGGCGAAUCGAACGAUAAGUUCGCCAAGGGGUCAAGUAGUGUUGCUGAUAAUGGAAGCGUGGGAGGAGAUUAUGUGGAGUCUGAGAAACCGUCUGCUUGCAUUGAGCAUUGGAUUUUCCAGUUUGCGCAGCUGUUCAAGAACCACGUUGGGUUUGAUUCAGAUUCUUACUUGGACAUUCACAACCUUGGGAUGAAGCUAUAUACGGAAGCAAUGGAAGAUAUUGUAACUGGAGAAGACGCGCAAGAGCUUUUUGAUAUAGCUGCUGAUAAGUUCCAAGAAAUGGCUGCACUAGCGAUGUUUAACUGGGGGAACGUUCAUAUGUCCAAGGCGAGAAGGCAGAUCUAUUUUCCCGAGGAUGGUUCGAGAGAAACUAUACUAGAGAAGGUCGAGGCUGGCUUCGAAUGGGCGACGAACGAGUACAACAAAGCUGCGGAAAAAUAUGAAGAAGCCGUUAAAGUUAAAUCUGAUUUCUAUGAAGCUCUUCUUGCGCUCGGGCAACAGCAGUUUGAGCAGGCUAAGCUUUGUUGGUAUCACGCGCUUAGAAACAAGAUAGAUAUCGAAAGCGAGGCUUCUCAGGAAGUGCUGAAACUCUAUAACAAAGCUGAGGAGAGUAUGGAAAAGGGUAUGCAGAUUUGGGAAGAGAUGGAAGAACGUCGUCUGAAUGGAAUAUCUGAUUCCGAUAAACAUAAAACGCUGCUGCAGAAGCUGGGAUUAGAUGGGGUGUUUAGUGAGGCGUCUGAUGAAGAUAAUGCAGAGCAAACGGCUAAUAUGACUUCCCAGAUUAAUCUUUUGUGGGGGUCAUUACUGUAUGAACGGUCUAUUGUGGAGUAUAAGCUUGGUUUACCGACUUGGGAUGAAUGCUUGGAGGUUGCAGUGGAGAAAUUUGAAUUAGCUGGAGCUUCUGCGACCGAUAUAGCUGUUAUGGUGAAGAACCAUUGCUCAAACGAAAAUGCACUUGAAGGUAUGGGGUUCAAGAUCGAUGAGAUAGUACAGGCAUGGAACGAGAUGUAUGAUGCCAAAAGAUGGCAGAUCGGUGUCCCAUCUUUCCGGCUAGAACCUUUGUUCCGGAGACGGUCACCGAAGCUGCAUGAUAUUUUAGAGAAUGUGUUUACAGGGCCUCAGUGACGAAACAGUCAAUCAUAUAUAAGAACAGAGCAUAUCAGCUGGUAUUGUAGAUUACUCGGAGAGUGGGAGUUGUAUGCAAAUUUUCUUCUAUUUUUUGGUUUGGUUUCUUCAAUUUAUGUAUGGAAGCAAUAUUUUUUUUGGCAGUGAUUAUUUUUUUUGUGCAGAAUACUUUUUGGAAUUGUUUUGUGCAGAAUAUUAUUUGGACUUUCUGUGAACUUUUUGGAAUCAAUAUUUUCUAUUUUUCAUUUUGGU